AUGAGCGGCAGUAACGUGAGUCGCGUGGCCCUCUUCGUGCCUACUGUGUUUUUGACAGCACCGCGAGACGGAAUAUGCAGAAGAGCUGCCUUCAGAUGUUCUAGCAAGCCAGAAGAAAAAGCCCAAGCGAAACCGAGUACAUCACGCAAGAAGAAGAGAUGGACACGGUCAAAGGCCCCCCCCGAUUCUCGCCCAAUUUCCGAAAUUUCAAUUGGUGAACAGCUCUUUGGCAUUGUUCGCGACGUUGGGCCCGCAGAGAGCAGUUGGCUCGACGUUGGAGUACGUACAAUCACUGGGAAGGCGGUUCGUGCAAGACUACGUUUGCGGAGUCCCAACGAAGACAGCGCAGAGAGGAAAGUUGGAGCUGUCGUUCCUGUCUACGUGCAUAGGGUCAAUCAUCCAGCCGCACGGAUAGAAGUACGGAAAGGAACACCCCCGACUGUACGUCGUGAGCUGGAAAAGGAUGUCGUACGAUUGAUAGAUGAUUUGAAGGUUGGAGAGGAGCUAGCUGGAGAAGUCGUUGCCGUCGGUUCCUAUGGUGCCGUGUUGGACGUGGCUGUUUUUCGGAGGGCAAGACGCGGUCGCGUCGUUCCCCGGACGGGCUUCCUACCGCGGAAAUUCUUCAAGAGAGAAUGGGCUAGCGAAGCAGACGCUCUUCAAAGAGAUGACGUUGAGCGAGUAAUUAGGGUUGGGGACCACGUGGACGUUCGUGUUCGUGCGGUGACCCCCAUGAACGGGUUUUUUGAGCUGAGUGCUGCGCCUGUGGACGUGGCUGCGCUUGAAACGGAGAGAGCUGAGAAGCGGCGGAACGCACGACGAAGAUUAAGGCGUCCUCCAGCAGAGAGUGUCGUAGUAGGGGAACGGAGGGUGGGUAGAGUGAGAGAAACCGUCAAGUUCGGCUUGUUCGUUGACUUUGGGGUGAAAACAGACGGCCUAAUUCACUAUUCGGAAAUGGGAGACUUGCACAGGUCCGAUUGGAAAGAAGUGAUUAAUAUUGGCGAUCAAGUAACCACCGAGGUGCUUAGCGUUGCUGAGAAUCGGAUUGGUUUAAGAUUACUCUAUCUGGGAGAUGAGGAAAUCGCAGAGAAAAUAGCGGCAGAGUCUCACGCGGCCUCUGCACUUGCAAGGAGUAGUGACGUAGAGAGAGCGACACAACUCAAGACUUCGAGUGGUUCGAGUUCGACUGGAUCUGUACAUGUGCAAGUCAAUUCUGCGGAAAGUGAUUCUUCUGCAGACAUCCUAAACGAUAAUAAUAAAUCCCCUGACGACGUAGCAAAUGUGGAGGAAGAGGAUGACGAGGAUGAGGGUGUAGAAAAGUUCUCGGAUGAGUACUUUGAAGAUAAAUAUGGAUUUUGAAUGUAAUCAGCUCACCUCGGCAUUCUCAUUCCACCUUUAGCCUCCUGAAAGUGCACGGAGCACUAGAGUGACGCUUCCACUUGGCCUGAGUCUGUCAAAGCUCGCGGUAAAGAAAGAAAAUUAUAAUUCCAU